AUGAGCAACAACAGCCUCCUUAGACCUUCUACAUUCCUUCUGACAGGAAUGCCAGGAAUGGAAGGUGGAAAUGUGUGGAUUGCUCUCCCUUUCUGCUCCAUGUAUGUUAUUUCCAUCCUAGGCAAUAGCACGAUCCUCCUUGUCAUCAAGGCAGAUCGCAGCCUCCACAAGCCUAUGUACCUCUUCCUGUCCAUGCUGGCUGCCACAGAGCUUGGCGUCUCCCUGUCUACGCUGCCCACGGUGCUAAGCGUGCUGCUCUUCGAUUCACGAGAGAUUGAGAUGAAUGCUUGUCUUGCUCAGAUGUUCUUCAUUCACUGCUUUUCCAUCAUGGACUCGGGAGUGCUGUGGGCCAUGGCCUUCGACCGCUUCGUGGCCAUCUACAACCCACUGCAAUACGCAUCAGUGCUGACCAACCCCCGGAUCGGGCUCAUUGGGCUGGGGCUCGUGGUGAGGAGCAUUGGCCUCUUGGUCCCCUUGCCAAUUCUCCUCAUCAGGCUGCCAUUCUGCAGGUCCCGUGUGCUCGCCCACUCCUUCUGCCUGCACCCCAACUUAAUCCAGCUGCCGUGCGCAGAUGUGCAAGCGAACAGCAUGUACGGCUUGUUCGUCCUGCUGGUCACGUUUGGGCUGGACUUGCUGUUCAUUGUCCUCUCUUAUGUUGUCAUCAUUAAGACUGUGCUGAGUAUUGCGUCCAAGGAGGAGCGCCUCAAGGCCCUGAAUACCUGCGUCUCCCAUAUCUGCGCUGUCCUGAUCUAUUACUUCCCCAUGAUUGGCUUAUCCCUGGUGCACAGGUUUGGGAAGCAUGCAUCUCCCGUGAUUCACUUCCUCAUGGCCAAUAUCUACCUUCUUGUCCCCCCCGUGUUAAACCCUGUUAUUUACAGUAUGAAAACUAAGCAGAUCCGCAGAGGCAUUUGCAAACUACUAACUCCAAAAGGACACUGA